GCCAGUAUUGAACCGAAAAUUCGUGCGCGCUGUUCCCGUGGACAGAGGCGCGCGGUCGGUUUUCUUCUUGAUUACGAGCUAAUUUCUGUCAGUAUUUCAAAAAUACAAGAUUUUCCAUUUCAGAUUUAGCAAACAUGGAGGCCAUGGAUUUUGACCCAGAGACCCUUCUGACAAGCACCAGCUCAGACCCAAUGCUGGGGAAGCCUGCCGAUCCGCUGCCUGCUUCAGCCACCGACCAGCAGGGACAACCAGCCCCAUCUGGCUCGUUUGUCGUGCUGCAGAGCGGCAACUCUCCUGGCGCCGGGCCGGGAGGUGUCACCCAGUUGGGCAAUAUCAGUGUCUCCAGCCUGGCUCCCGGACAGGGAGCUCGUGCCGCCGCCAGCCGGGUGACGGCGGUGAUGGGACGUCGGGCGGCCGGAACGGCGCCGGGCAGCCUGACCAAGUAUCUCAUAUCGCCCGGUCAGCAGGCGGUGUCCACCUCCGCGCCGGUCCGUAUGAUGGGCUCCACGGCCACGGUUCGUGUCGCCGCGCCACCUCCGCUGCAGCUGGGGGCCUCCAACACCAUCACACUGACUUCGGCUGAGGCGCAGCGACUGGGCAUCUUCAGUCCCAAGAAGCUGACGACAUUAGAGGGUGUCAAACAGAUAGGCAGCCCCACAAAGCGGAUCGUGGUGCGAUCGUCGCCCGGUCAGCAGUCCAAGCAGGGCGGCCUGGCAGCGGCGGCAGCGGCGGGAGCGCCGCCUCAGGCCCCGUUCAGAGUUCUCACCCAGUCGGGCCUGCCGCAGGCAGUGGGACGCAGUCAGUCACAGCCCGUGCAGUUUGUGCGCGUGGUCGGCUCGUCCGCCAACCAGCCCGUCUUCUCGGCUCCUCCGACCGCCACGGCCGGCAGCUCUGUGAAGAUCGCCAUCGCGCCGGGAGGUCGUAUAGCGCCUCCCCCUCCGACCCAGCGUCUGCUGCUACCUGCGGCACCGGUAGUGGGGUCCUCCGCUCAGGGCGGAACAAUAGAGCAGAUGAUAACGGGCGCGGAGUACAGCAGACCUAGGCCCAUGAUGCACACACCGGCGAGGCUGAACAGACCCGCGCCACCCACCAGAGUGCCGAAGCCGCCUUCGACGCACAUGGCUCGAGCCGCCGCCCGCGGUAGCGAUGUGCAGAUCCGUCCACGCAAGCCCUGCAACUGCACCAAGAGCCAGUGCCUCAAACUGUACUGCGACUGUUUCGCCUCGGGCGAGUUCUGCAACAACUGCAACUGCACCAACUGCUUCAACUCGCUGGACCGAGAGGAGGAGCGGCAGCGGGCCAUCCGAGCCUGUCUCGACAGAAACCCGUUCGCGUUCAAACCGAAAAUCGGCAAAUCGGAUAAUGAGACCCGUAAACACCAGAAGGGGUGCAACUGUAAGAAGAGCGGGUGUCUGAAGAACUACUGCGAGUGCUAUGAGGCCAAGAUCUUCUGUUCAACCCAGUGUAAAUGCAUGGGCUGUAAGAACUACGAGUCGGCCAACACUCGUCCCCCGCGGCCCGGCGCAGGAUCGGGAGUAUCCGCGCUUGAGGACUCCCUAUCCCUCCUCCCCACCGAAGCGGGCCCCUCCUCGGGCCGCGGCCCGCGGCGCACGGGCGGCCUCAAAGUGGCCACCUUCCCCGUCACCGAGAAAGCUCCGGCCGCCGUGCGGGUGACGCAGGACGUCAUCAGCGCGACGCUGUCGUGUCUGAUGACGGAGGCGGCGCUGGCUGGGGAUACGGCGGAGGGACAGCAGAGGGUGCUGAGGGAGUUUGGACGGUGUCUCUCCGAGAUCAUCGACUAUGGCUCGAGGAGACGUGAGGCCAGUGCCGCUGUGCCGGGCGUAGUAUGAGAUGGCACGGACCGGUCCCGGGCCUCAGAAACAGCCAGAGAUACUGCCACUUCCUCUGGGCCGCUCGACUACCGCGACACUUAUAAUGUGCGCCAGUGGCGUCACCUACAAUGAUGGUCCAUCAGUGGUCAGGUCUACUGCACAUGAAUCACGCACUGAAGAGUCGUUAGGUCGGUGAGUGGCGAGUUAUGUUGACUUCUGAGUUCUGAACUAUCCGAAAAUGCACUUUUGUGUGGAAGAAGAUCACGGCAUGAUUGUGACGGGAGCUGCACUCCCAAUGACGGUUGUGGUGGUGUAUGAGUCAUGGUGUUCAUAACUUCAUUAGCGAGACUUCAGUGACCCUAUCAUCGGCGACAACACUUCAGAAUGUUAUGGUUGUGAUGGUUUGUUGUGGUCGAAUCAUCGUGCAUUUGACUGGGACCAAGGAGUUCUGAGAGCAGGAAGGUCAGCCACGCCAGCUUAGACGAUGGCUCUGAAGAAAAUAUGCGCAACACUUGUAAACAUUUCGCUUCUAUAGUUGAAUUGCGAACUGAGUGUUGGAAAACAGCUCACUUGGUCAAGUAACAUAAAGCUAUCUGCUUUACCGGACUUGAAAUAAAUGGGUAUUGGGCACCAUUUGGAAUCGAUCGUUAGUUUCAUUACUUGCUGCUUUAGGUGGCGAUAGAAAACCAAACUCGAGCAUAGAUGUUCAGACUAUUCCCUUAGUCAGACAUGAAUGUAUCGCUGAGGUCGUCAGACUGAGAGGUCCUCUCAGAAUCAGGACGAAAAGUCGAGCCAAUUCUAAGAGAGACAGACAACACACCAUUUUCACCCGUCGUGUCACCUGAAUUGGAACCAACCGUAGCGUUCCUUGGCUGACUCUCGAGCGGCCUUACUUUACAUACCGUACUGCCUCUCAUAAGGUCAUACUGUGCAUACCGUGGUUUGAAGCGAGGUUGGCCAUACCACUUACCCUGUAGUAUGGAGAAUUUCACUUUGUGUGCUUCAUAUUGUGCGACGCAUGGUUGCGGAUGUGUUAACUGUGUCCUCAUAAAAACUGUCUCCUCAUACUGGGCGUUACGUAACUUGAAGUCACACAUGAUGUGGAAUUGUGGACAGGACGUGUACGAUGUUCGAUUUAUAACGUGAGCGGCCAUUCAACUAUUGCUUAAAACUCCGGUGGUUUUGUGAAUCGAAAAAAUGCAUGCAUAUUCGUCCUCAUUCGUGACCAACAAUGUGUGCCUUGCGUUCUGUUUCUUCAGACAACAUUGUCGUUCGUCUUAAAAGAAGUGUUUGUUUCUAAUGUGCGCCAUUAUCACAAAUAGCGAUGCUUUUCAGCAUUGUUACAUUGUGCGGAUGCACUAUGUAGUGAGGUGUAUGUGAUGUAGAUGAGAGUAAACAAGGACGUAUGAAUGGCUUACACUGUGUAAGAAGAGGAAAUGGGGGUCAUGAAGUGUCUUCGAGCACGCUCUUGUUUUCUAAUACAAACCUCGUCUUUUC